AUGCCUGGACGUCUACGCAGAUCUCCACUGAAAAAACCAGAACGUACAUAUCUAGCCCUCGGCCUCGAGGGUUCAGCCAACAAACUCGGGGCAGGAAUAAUCAAACAUGACACCGACGGUUCCAUGACCGUCCUGUCCAACGUUCGGCAUACCUACAUUACUCCACCAGGAGAAGGUUUCCUCCCGAGAGAUACCGCCCAGCAUCAUCGGCAAUGGGCUUUGAAGGUUAUCGGGGAUGCGGUCGAGAACGCUGGAGUGUCGAUGCAUGAUCUGGACUGUAUCUGUUUUACGAAAGGACCAGGGAUGGGUGCGCCUCUGCAGUCCGUUGCUCUCGUUGCUCGGACGCUGUCUCUCCUAUUCGACAAGCCUCUCGUAGGCGUAAAUCACUGCGUAGGCCACAUCGAAAUGGGGCGCAACAUCACUGGCGCACAGAACCCCGUCGUUCUGUACGUCUCGGGAGGUAAUACCCAAGUAAUCGCCUACUCCCGACAAUGCUACAGAAUAUUUGGAGAGACACUCGACAUCGCCGUCGGAAACUGUCUUGACCGGUUCGCCAGAGUGAUAGACCUGAGCAAUGACCCGAGUCCAGGUUACAACAUCGAGCAAUUAGCGAAGAAGGGAACACGCCUCGUCCCACUACCCUAUCAAACCAAGGGCAUGGACAUCAAUCUCUCCGGAAUCCUAACCUCGACAGAAGCCCUGACGCUGGAUAAACGGUUCCGAGCAGAAGGAGUGCCAAAAGGGCCGGACGACACGGAUUACUUCACCCCUGCCGAUCUGUGUUUUUCCCUGCAAGAGACCGUGUUCGCGAUGCUCGUCGAGAUCACGGAGCGCGCAAUGGCACAUAUCGGGAGCAAGGAAGUCCUUAUUGUCGGUGGCGUUGGUUGUAACGAACGAUUACAGGAGAUGAUGGGGAUCAUGGCCAGAGAGCGUGGUGGACAGAUCUUUGCCACCGACGAAAGGUUCUGCAUCGACAACGGUAUCAUGAUAGCUCAGGCUGGUCUGCUCAGCUUCAGGAUGGGUCAGAGCACUCCAUUAGGGAAGAGCACAUGCACACAAAGAUUCCGCACAGACGAAGUACACGUCACCUGGAGAGCUUGA